AUGUUGAAGAACAUCACGCGCGCGAUCACGCGCGCGGUGCCGGAGGACGUGCGAGAGGCGACGCGGAAGAAGAUCAAUCAAUUGAAGGGCGUGAGCGACGACGAGGCGUUGGUGCGAGAGGCGACGAACGCCGAUCCCUGGGGACCGCACGGCGAACAGUUGCGCGCGAUCGCGAGACUCACGCUCGAUGGACGCUGGGACGUGGUGUGGGACGUCUUGAGAGAGCGCAUGGAGGUGUGUAGGGGGGAGAAGUGGAGGCAGACGUACAAGGCGCUGAGCGUCGUGGAGUACUUGAUCGCGAACGGUGCGGAACGGAUUCCCGAGGACGUGCGACGGUCGAGAGUUUUGGAGGAUUUAGUGCGGUUUGAACACCGAGACGCGAGAGGAAAGGAUGAGGGGGUGAACGUCAGGCAUCGGGCGGAGAAGAUUAAGAGCUUGAUUGAAGAUCCGGAAUCUAUACGAGAGGCGAGGGAAAAGGCGGCGAGGAAUCGAGGGAAGUACGCCGGGAUGUCGAGCGCGGACGCGAGACACAUGAAGAAUCAGUCGAGCGGAGGGUCGUGGACGACGGAUUCGCGAGUCGGGGGGGGGUCGCGAAGCGCGAGCGCGAGCGAGUCGGAGCCGGCGUCGACCGCGCGCGGGGAGGCGGAGAGACGUACCGAGGCGAUAAGUGGGUCUUCAUCGCACUGGGAGCGCGCGCCAGUGGCACCAUCGAUGACAUCACACGCGUCGCACUCCGCGGUCACCGCGAAGGCGAGCGCGGAUUUGGGGGACAAAGCCGCGACGCCGAAACAGGCAAACUCGACGCCGCAAAUUAUUUUUAGAGAUGUUCCAGUGCAAGCGCCUCCGGCCGCUUCUCCGGAGGUGUUAUCGUUUGCCCCACCACCGCGUGCGUCCAACGCCGCGGUUGCGGCGGUGAACUACUCCGCCGGAGGAGCCACGGCGACGCCUGCGACGUCGAGCAUCGAUGACCUGCUCGGAAAUCUCGGCGGGGAAUCUUCGAUGCCAGCGGCGCCAGUCGCCCCUGCGGUAUCGGCGGCGUCGUCGGGUUCUCAGUGGGGAGCAUUAGACGGUUUGUUCUCGGCGCAACCCACGGUCCAACCCGCGAUGCAGCGCGCGGCGGCGCCGUCGCAACAGACGGAUCCAUUCGGCGCGUUCGGCGCGACGCCGCCGCCUCAACCAGCGGUCGGUAACCAGUUCGGUUUCGGGUUAUCGCCCCCGAUGGGUGCGUCUGCGCACGUCGGUCAAAACGCCGUGGCGCAAUCGUCCGAUCCUUUUGGACUGGCCAGCUUUGGCCAAGCCUCGCCCACUAAGGCGCGACAACCGCACGCGUCCCAGAGCGGACCAGACAACCUCGCCGACCUCACCGCGAAUCUCGGGCUCGGCACCAAGGGUACCUCCCAAUCCUCGGGCGUCCCCAUGUCGCCGUUCGCCGGCGGAUCGCUCAUCUAG